GCUGGGCGAAAGGGGUAGGCAAGGAAUGAAAGCAGGAUGAAUGAUCCUCAUCCCUUUCUCGAGCUGGUGUGUGGGGCAGGGGCCAGGGGCCAGUUGACGCCGGGGACGCUCUCUGGAGGGCAGGGAUCGCAGGAGAGGCAGGGAAGCCUUAGCUGCUGCCGCUCCUGCUGCGCUGGGGACAGAGACGAUCAGAUGGGACGGGAUCUUCGUGGGGGAUCUCCACCCCACUCCAAGCGCCCUUCUCCGGCCAACCCGCCCCAUCAUCCCUCUCGCCCAUCUCAUUCCCUCCUUACUGGGCCCAGCCCGCCUCGGUAUCGAUCCGGAGUGACUUGCCCCUCUUCCAGCUGCAAUCCAAACUCCUUCGGGGUCCCCUACCCCCCUAGUUAUGGGGACAGAGAUUUCUCCGCCUCUUCCUCCGCGUACCCAACUUGUUUCCCUGGACACCCCUUUGGGGCUCGGCUGAUGGAUCACCAGCACUCAGGUAGCCCCGAUGAUGUCCUCUUAGCACAGCCCGACAGCCUGGGAGGCUUGUUGGUCGCCCAGGGCGAGAGAAGGAGCCCGCCUCAGGAGGUUUACGGCACCAUGGAAACUUUUGAAUGGAUGAAAGUUAAGAGGAAUCCGCCCAGAAGAGCAGUAACAUCACAUGACCCAACUGGGGACAGGACAUCUUCCUCUUGCUCUCCCAGAACCAACUUCACCACCAAGCAGCUGACAGAGCUGGAGAAGGAAUUCCACUUCAACAAAUACCUGAGCAGAGCCCGACGGGUGGAAAUCGCCUCAGCCUUACUCCUCAAUGAAGCCCAAGUGAAGAUCUGGUUCCAGAACCGCAGGAUGAAGCAGAAAAAAAGAGAGAGGGAGGGGCCCCUCUGGGGAACCACAGCCGGUUGCAGUGGGCAGGGUUGUUCCUCGUCAAACAAAUCAGGACUAGCCUCUCCACCAUCCUCCCCUAGCAGGAGCAAAGAGGACAUCAUCACUCCACCACUUUGACUGAGAAAUGAAAGAAGGAGGCAUUCACUGAGCUUCUUUGCCUUCUUGUGAAAGUCCCCAAGUCACUUUGAAGGGACAUAAGAGAUCUUUCCAGAGAGGAUAGGAACGGACAUCAGUGUUUCCCCUGAAAUCGAAAGGAUAACAAACACUAUAGUGGUCUGUCACUCAAAAUUCAGUAUGGGUGUGUGCAUGCGUGUGUAUAUCAGUCUUUUAUUGGAAUGGCCUGGUGGGAAUCCAAAAUAAUUGAUGUGCAGCACUCUGAAGGGUCUUUGCUGUGGGUUGCACCAGCAUUAAGUUACACAAGAAACCCAGGAAACUUCAUUAACUAGGCAUUUCCAAGCACAGAACUGGACAUACACAAUCACACAUUUCCACUUCUGUGUCUUCUUUCACAUUCUGCAAUCAAGGUGUCAUCUAUGUACUAAUUACCUAGCCGCACAACCCUAUACAUAUCUAACUCAGAAGAAGUAGGAUCUACUUGAGUUCAAUGGGACUUACUCCCAUAGGUCACUUACUUGGGACUUAUUUCUGAGUAGAUAUGCACAGGAUUUCACUGUCAGGGUCCUAAAACACAGGCAAUGAAGUAUUAAUGGAAUGAAUCCUUCAUUAUCAGUUCUGUUUUAAACAUCUGGAUAGCCAGUGCCAUCGAGUGUCUUCUGUACUGUUUAGUUUCAGAUCUAAUAUUCUAUGUAGUUUGAUAAUGUAUGUUACUCUUUGUUGCCAAAUUUCUGCUCACUUGUUGCCAAAUUUCUGGUGCCUGCAAGAUUCUAAAUUGAGUAUAAUACUCUUCCUUAGGACACAAUUGGAGGCUUGUGCUUUGAUCUAUUUCUGUUAAUGUUUAGAAACCUAUUUGUUGAUAAAUAUUCUAGCUGCACACCAUAAAAUACUUACAGCACCUCUUCAUAGAAACUUCUCCAGUGCACAUCGAAUGGAUGGCACAAUGUUGAUCUUGUUAGUCUAAUCAUGGGGAAUGACUUGCCCUUUCAUUGAGAUGAAGCUUAAGGGAACAAGUGCUGCUGUUUUACAAUCAGGCCCAUAAGUCACUUCAUGGAAUUGACCUAGAAGCAAAAGCCUUUUGAGGGAACAUUUUUGAUUACUAUAUUGGUUUCCCUAACAAUUAAUGAAGGUAACUCAGAGACCCAUCCCAAAGACUUCUGUGACCCACCAAUAUAUCUCAACUCACUAUUUGCAAAUCACCAAUAUACACCUACCUCUAAUCAGUAGGGCAGCCUUUCCCAAUCUUUGGGUCCCCAGAUGUUGCUGGACUGCAACUCCCACCUGCCCCAGCCAGCAUGAGCAAUGGUCAGGAAUGAUGGGAACUGCAGUCCAGCAACAUCUGGGCACCCAAACGUUGGGAAAGGCUGCAGGAGGGUAUCCAUUCCUGUGAAGAAAAUCCAUUCAAAUAAAUGGCAAAGUCUCCUGUACGGUUCCUUUGGCAAGGCAGCAUCUGCUGGUUGACUUCAGUGGUUAACAAAAUUGUUCACCCAGAUCAGUGUAAGAUUUUCUCCCACUUGUGCUUUGUCUAGCAUAAAACAACUUCUCCAUAAAGCCGAGAAGAAAAUAAACAUUCACAGACUGUUUUCAAAAUGCAACAGCGAUGGUAAUUAUGCUAUAAAUAGCACUGGUAGGACAGGAGGCAGUCAUUGCCUUAGGAAUGAGGAGUAUGUUGCAGCAAAGAUUAUGAAAAUAUCGUUUCAUAAGUGAGCUCUGGCUUAAUUUGCCUUAUCAUUCAGGUUGCAAUCCUGUACACAAUACUUAUUGGUGAGAAUGAGUCUCAUACAUAUGUCUUGCAUUGUCAGGGUCUUCAUUACAGUGCCCAGCCCAUGGCAGAUAGCACGUUUGUCCCAGUCAGGUGAUGAUUGAUCCUGAAUGGAGUAUCAAGCAACCAGCUACCUUGUAGAGAAGGAGUAGAAAAUUGCAUUGAAGUUCAAGUUCUUCAUUGUUUGUUUCAGCCAUAAAGACCAUAAAAAUACUUUCAAACAUAUUUCACAAACAUACUUUCAGAGGUCAUUUCUCCAGUUUUAUACUGAGGAACUAUGCCCAUUUUAUCAGCUUAAAGCAAGGAGAGGAUGAAGGGAGAGAAGCAGGAUAUUAUUCAAAGUCAGAUCAGAAGGAAGAGGGAUGGAUAUCCUGAACAGAAGCAUGCAAUCCAAGCUGCUCCUUCUUUCUUUCUUUUUGCCAUAUAUUUGUAUUUUGGCAGUGAUGUUGUUGCAACUCAGCUUAGCUCAGGUCAUGCCCCAGCAGUGAGUCCUGACCCACCAGUGAAGACCAAUGCUCUAGAGCAGAGGUAACCAAUGUGGUGCCCUCCAGAUGUUGCUGGACUACAACUCCCACCAUCCCUGACCAUUGGCCAUGCUGUCUGAGGCUGAUGGGAGUUGUAGUCCAAAAACAUCCAGAGGACACUACGUUGGCUACCCCUGCUGUAGAGGAAACAGACACCAAGCCAUCCAGCACGAGGGCUGACAUUGACAGGGUCCUUUGAGGACAGGACCAGGAAACUCUGACACAAUCUUCUGGGAACAAGUUCCAAGACAGCCUUAUUUAAAGUAAUGGGUGCACUCUUCUUUAACAGUUAUUCAUUUUGAUCCAGUGGGAGAACUAUGUGUAUCAAACAGCUCUAUUGGAGAGCAAUUUGUGCAUAUGUAAAGUUUAUAGAAGUGAUUACACCUUAGGAAUGGGGAGAGAGAAACUUCAACCAGGUGGUGGUCUGUUUCUUUUCCCUUAAAUCCAGAGCCCCACAUGAAUGUCACAGCUCCUUAUGUGUGCAUUCUGCUCUAUCCAUUUGACUAGACUGUUCUGCUUCACAUGUGCAGAGAUGCUCAUGGGACAGCAGCACUCAGCCUCUACUGAAAUGAUGUGCACAUUUGAAACUGUCUUACGAUGACUCAGGAAACAAAAGGGAUGAAACAUCACAGACAGCAAGUCAAGUGUAUAUAUUGUACGAACAAUGUACUUUAUAAUGCACAUACACCUUUCAAAUAAACCAAAAGAUAAAAAUGAAAUGCAGUUCAAAGUAUAUGAACAGCAGCUCAAUAUUUAAAGAUCCUUGAAAGCAAUCCCAAGAAUUACACACACUGGGUUUUUUUCUUUUUCUUUUCAGGAAAUCUUGACUUGUUUCAGGAAACCUUUAUCAAGACUUAGAGCCAAUUUGGCUGCACAUUUUCAGCAAUCCACGUAACUGACAGUGACAAUAAACUUUUGCAGCCAUCUAGCGCUGGCUGAGCUGAAUCAAAAUUUGUACAGUAUAUAUGGGUAUAUACAUGCAUGUGAUUGCUAGUAGUUCAUAAAGGUCCUUGCCAGACCUGCUACCUAGGGUCCUUUUUGGUUGGAGAUGCUGGACUCAAACCAGGGACUCUCUACAUAUAGUGCAUAGGUUCUGCCACUGAGCUAUGGCCCCUAACUAUGUUGGUGUGGCCCCUAUUUCCCAUGCUCAGAACAGAAUGUGGUGCUCAGGGCUUAUGCUUACAAUCCUGAAGGGUAGAAACACACAGGUAAUCCACUGCAAAGGAAAAAGAGCUCUGCAUUCUCAUAAUGCAUUCUCUGCAUGCCACCCUGGGCUCCUACUGGGAGGAAGGGCAGGAUAUCAUUUUAAAAAAUAAAUAAAGCUUAUAGAAGUUUUAAAAAGCUAUUACAAGAUAUCUACCUCUAAAUUUGCCUGGACUAUCAGAAGGAUGACACGGGUUUAUAAUGUAUUUAUUAUUGGUGUGCACUUUUGGUGUUUAUGUAAGCAAAACAAGGGGGUGUUACA